UCGCUUUUUGUUAAAAAAAAAAAUCAUAAUGGUUCCAAAACUUAAUUACGAUUGUUUACAAAAUGUUUUCGAACAUCUUGAAUCAUCUGACCAAGGCACGCUAUUCAAUUGUAUCCUAGUCAAUCGUUCAUGGUUUAAAAUUUUGAUACCUUAUUUAUGGGAGAAUCCAUUUUCAAUUGUUCAUCGUAAUGG